GUAUUAUAAACCUUAAUUCCUAAUACGGUAUGUAAUUUCUAUCGUUUCAAAAACACUAACUUAUUUUAAACACGGUAUUACACAUCUAUAAUUUUUUUUCUGUCUCUUAUCGAAUUAUAAAUUCUAUAAUACCUAUAUUUAUCACUCUUUUUUCCCUCUUUAUUAUAAUGGUGUUCUUGAAACAUUUUUUUCGGAAAAUAGUAUUGGAGCCAUUUUUAAGGGUGUAGCAAACAAGGGUGCGAAGCGCGAUACCAUUGAUGAGAUCUUGUUUUCUUUUGUGUUGCCAACUAAAUUUCUAUAGGGAUGAGAAAUGGUAACCCAUUAUUGUGGUGUGACUCCAUGCAUCAACCGUUUCUCAACCCUUUUCACGUGGAACUCCAACUUCAGACACCUUGUCAAUCAGGGCCAUGCCCAAAACGCCCUUAUUCUCUUCCGCCAGAUGAAGCAAAGUGGCAUCACACCCAACAACUCAACCUUUCCCUUCGUCUUAAAAGCAUGUGCCAAACUUUCCCAUCUCAGGAACUCUCAAAUCAUCCAUGCCCACGUCCUCAAAUCAUGCUUUCAGUCCAACAUUUUCGUGCAAACCGCAACGGUUGAUAUGUAUGUCAAGUGUGGUCGGUUGGAGGAUGCACACAACGUGUUUGUUGAAAUGCCCGUCAGGGACAUUGCUUCUUGGAAUGCAAUGCUGUUGGGAUUUGCUCAGUCUGGCUUCCUUGAUAGGCUGUCUUGUCUUCUACGUCACAUGAGGCUUUCUGGAAUUCGUCCCGACGCAGUCACUGUCUUGCUACUCAUUGAUUCGAUUUUGCGUGUGAAAAGUCUGACAUCUUUGGGUGCAGUUUAUUCCUUUGGGAUUCGGAUUGGUGUACAUAUGGAUGUUUCUGUGGCUAACACUUUGAUUGCUGCAUAUUCCAAGUGUGGUAACUUGUGCUCGGCAGAGACUCUGUUUGAUGAAAUUGACUCUGGUCUGAGGUCUGUUGUGUCCUGGAAUUCAAUGAUUGCUGCAUAUGCGAAUUUUGAGAAGCAUGUCAAGGCUGUUAAUUGUUACAAAGGGAUGCUAGAUGGUGGCUUUUCCCCAGACAUUAGCACAAUUCUCAAUUUGCUUUCAUCGUGCAUGCAACCUAAGGCACUAUUUCAUGGUUUGCUAGUACAUUCUCAUGGAGUCAAGUUGGGUUGUGAUUCUGAUGUAUGUGUGGUGAAUACUCUCAUUUGUAUGUAUUCAAAGUGCGGGGAUGUUCAUUCUGCAAGAUUUUUGUUUAAUGGCAUGUCUGACAAGACUUGUGUUUCAUGGACUGUAAUGAUUAGUGCAUAUGCUGAGAAAGGAUAUAUGAGUGAGGCAAUGACCUUGUUUAAUGCAAUGGAAGCUGCUGGUGAGAAACCAGAUUUGGUUACUGUGCUUGCUUUGAUUUCAGGUUGUGGCCAGACAGGGGCGCUUGAACUUGGAAAAUGGAUUGACAAUUACUCUAUUAACAACGGGUUGAAAGAUAAUGUUGUAGUUUGUAACGCACUAAUUGACAUGUAUGCCAAGUGUGGAGGUUUUAAUGAUGCUAAGGAGCUUUUCUACACCAUGGCUAACAGAACUGUCGUCUCCUGGACAACCAUGAUUACUGCUUGUGCAUUGAAUGGAGACGUUAAAGAUGCCUUGGAGUUAUUUUUUAUGAUGUUAGAAAUGGGAAUGAAACCAAACCACAUAACAUUUCUUGCUGUUCUCCAAGCUUGUGCACAUGGAGGUUUAGUAGAAAGAGGAUUGGAGUGCUUCAACAUGAUGACUCAAAAGUAUGGCAUAAACCCUGGUAUAGAUCAUUAUUCUUGUAUGGUUGAUCUUCUUGGUCGUAAAGGACAUCUCAGAGAAGCUUUAGAAAUUAUUAAAAGUAUGCCUUUUGAACCUGAUUCUGGAAUAUGGAGUGCAUUGCUCUCUGCUUGCAAACUUCAUGGUAAGAUGGAGAUGGGCAAGUAUGUGUCUGAACAGCUAUUUGAAUUGGAGCCCCAAGUGGCAGUUCCAUACGUGGAGAUGGCUAACAUAUAUGCAUCAGCUGAAAUGUGGGAAGGAGUUGCAGCUAUUAGAAGAAAUAUGAAAUAUCUUCAAGUCAGGAAAUCUCCCGGGCAAAGUAUUAUUCAAGUAAAUGGAAAACCUACUAUAUUUACAGUUGAGGAUAGGGAUCACCCUGAAACCUUGUACAUAUAUGAUAUGCUAGAUGGUCUGACUUCCCGUUCUAAAAAAGGACUACUAGCUUAUUCAGAGGAGAUUUUUGAAUGUGAAUGGGAGUGAAGAUAUAUAUGCAAAGAAAGAGACUGCGAUUGGAGAGCUGUGUUGGCGGAUUAGUAAAUUAUUUGUUAAUUUUUAUCACCCUCAGACAAUUUAGCCCACUAACAGACUAAUUUUAAUCAAAGGCAAACUUUGUCAUCAUGCAUGACGAUCAUUUCAAUAAGUUUGCUCU